AAUGGACAUUGGAUAUAGGCAAUGACCUCGGCGGCUUUUCCGGUUUUGAGUUCCUGUGUUAUCGAUGUUAUUUCAUAAAUCUGUCAAUUUAUAGAUUCGAUACAUGUCGAAGCAGCAAAGUGUUUGCCGGAAACGAACUCUUUCAUUUGCCGAUAUCACAGAUUGCCGCAAAAGCAGCCGUACAAAUUCAAAUGAAAAUCAUGAGAUCGAUUCAUCUAAACCAUUCAUUCGUAACAUGGUACGACGUCCUUCUUUCACGUUUUUGGAACAUCAAAACCUAUCUCAUGAACUGCCUUGUCUUUCAGAAAAACCUACAUUGAAAGAUUCGAAUGCUCAAUUCAAAAAUGCCCGCGAAUCCACUGAAAUGAAUGCUUCAUUGAAACGAAAUUCAAAUUCUCAAUCUGCUCUGGAUUCGUUUAUUUCCAGUGCAUCGUUUAUUGAAUCGAAUUCUGCCAAUGCUACACUUAGUGCUAUACAAUUAUCUAAAAUGCAUAGUAAUUCACUAGGUCCUAUAAAUUCACUUCCGUUAAAAUAUGAGGAAUAUCUAUCUCCAUCAUCACCCUUAUCUUCAACUUUGAUCAAAUUGUAUUUAUCCAAGGUAACAGAAAUUGUUUGUGUCGUUAUAAAUGACGAUGGUUAG